GUGUGUGGAAGGGAGUGGUAGGGGAAAACACUAUCAGGCGGGCGCGCUUGUUGACAACGGAUAGUUGGCGCUUGGUCCGGCAGGCAGCAGGUCGAGAGCGCAGCCCAGCUGGUUAAGCAGACGUUGUGUGGAGCACCUGGAGCAGACGUGCAGAGGCGAACCCGAGCAGACACCCGGCUGUUGGAGACCCUGGCGCCGAACGCUGAACGUGCACUCACUCCGCGAGGACUUUUCCGAGCGUUUGCUUUCGUCUUCUUCCUCAUCUGAGGCUUCGCUAGCACCAGAUCACCAUGAUCAUCACCAAGCAGGCUCUGCAGCUGGCCCAGCGCAACGUGAAGCCCGCUUUCAAGGACGUGCCCGAGGAGCUGUUCGAGACGGUGGUGGUGCACAUGGCGAAGGGCAUGCGCGACGAGCCCAUGUUCAGCGCGCUGGGCAUGUGGGACGACCCGGCGUCCACGCGCGCCAUGGAGGAGCUGUGGAUGGAGACGCUGCAGCAGCGCGUGUCCCUGGUGGCGUUGGUCGACGACACCCGAUACCUGCGCUACCUGGGCACCGACAACAAUCCUGAGGAUAUAAAUUCCUUUGAUGCUAUGGAAAGAGAUAAUAGUUUUAAAAGAAUAAUCCUGUUUUUCUUUUGCUGUAUCACAUUUGAGACAUACCAGGUGGAGGGCAGCAAGGCGCAGCUCUUCCUGGACGCGCUGGCGGCGGUGGAGCGGCGGGUGGACGUUUUCGCGCGCUACGGCGUCUCCCACUACCUGACGGGCAUCGGGCUGGCGGUGGCGCGCGAGUUCCGCGGCCUGGGCGUGGGCACGGAGCUGGUGCGCGGCCGCAUCAACAUGGGCCGCGCCAUGGGCGUGCCCCUCACCGUCACCCUCUUCUCCAACCCGGCGUCGCACGCCAUCGCGCACACCGUCGGCAUGGAGGUGCUCAGCGACGUGCCCAUGGACCGCCUCAGCGUGGGCGGACGCGUGCCCUUCCCCGGCGCGCGGGGCUCCAUGCGCCUCAUGGCGAAGCGCAUCGAGUAAGCGAAGAGGCCAAGAAGGCGGUGGACCGGCGCUGGGCGGCUCGGGUGGUCGAGAAGGCGGUGGCGGCGGCGGUCUUUCGUACGCACGUUUUCUUCACUUCAAAAAUUCCUUCCCCCUCUCUUUUAACAAUUUCAGUUGAAUUGUGAGAAAAGCAAUCAACGAGAGUAAAUUAUAAUAUUUAAUAACAAAGAAAUGAUAGCUUUCGGAUCUAGCGAAACGGAGUAUGCAAGAAAACGUGCGCAGAAUAUUGCACAUGAAGACUGAUCGGGAAGGGGGGGGCGCGGGCUUUCGUAAAUUCAUUGAACUUCUGUCCAAUUCUGGAUCAAAUAAAUACUAGAAAUUAUGUAUGGAAGCCGGCAAUUUGGUUCAGACAUCUUGAGGACUUCGAUUAACUGCUGUGUGAACGGGAGGUAUAUGUACUGAAGGUGCACGAUUGCCCUGAGCUGCAUAUUGAAUUCAGAGCCGUGAUUGUGAGAAAUAUUAUGAUGCACUAGGUGAGGAUAAUUAGCUCAUCUAAUGCCUCGUAGAUACUGUGUUCUCUCCUUAAUCAGUCUUCAUGAUGUAUCUGUUUGCUAUGCAACAUCGUAAGGCAAAAAGAGUCAGGUAUAAAAUAUACCCUGAUGCAAGCGAAUAUGGAUGUAAUCAAGAGAGCCGGAUCUCGCCCUUUAUCUCUUGAUUUUACACCAUCAAAAUUCAUGUCAUAGUCAAGUACAUUCAAUUAUUUAUCUAUGACUCCUUAAAAUGUUCACUCAAAAUUGUAAAUAUGUAUUCUCAUGUGUAUAAAUGCACUGGCAUAAUAACAUAAAAGAGAAUUAGCCGAAUCUGAAACAAAUAUCAAAGGUUAAGCUACUCCAAAUAACUUCUAUUGAUUAAUAUACUUUGCAAUUAUGAUGUUCUGAGGCAAACAAGUCAUUAUUUGCCACCAAGGUAAAAGUGAUUCAACCAUUCAACUGAUCACCGCCCAAACGAGCUUGAUUCCACGCUAAUGAAGCUUUCCCUGGCCCUGCCGCCUAUUGUGUUAAAUCCAAAGUAGCCAGUUGUGGUUGUGUCUGUGCAGCUGCUGCUGUUGCUAAUUGAGGACACCAUGUGAGGUGAUUGUUGAUACUGCCAUCGUCACUCAUGGGUGUACCCCUCAUCCUUUACUCUUCGAUCUCGAAUCUGACAGUGGGACUAGGGUGAUGGCCCCGUUACGUUGUAACACUCUGGCGAGUUAGGCCUCACAGACCCGAGAUUUGAAUCGACCUGUGAAGUUCUCGAGAUCGGUUUGACGAUGAAGUCAUUGAACAGUUGAAAAAAGCAGGAAACAUCUGGAAAGCGUGCAAACACAAACGAGACAUUUCAUGCUGUGUGCUUCACAGAAAUUAAAUGUAAGAAUUGUUUGUGCUAGUGCUGCCUAAUGUGCACUAAAUCAUUCUGAACAAAAAGAUUUGUUCUGCAUUUUAUGUUGACAGAUCAUGUUGCAUCCAUGAUAAUAUUUCCAGACAUAACAUUCUUUUUUGGAAUAUUGGGAGCACAGUUAAUAGACAAUAAUAAUGUUUGAUUGCACAGAUGUAAUUUUUAAAAUGUACAUGCAAAUUGAGGGUGCUUUUCAAAGAAAAUGAGCAAUCACAGUAAAAGGAGUAGAGCUAAGAAUUAAGUCAUUUAAUGCAAAGACUCAUAAUGGUGAUUACAUGCUCUUCUAAGCAUUGCACUGUUAGAUAUUGUAUCAUACAGAUGUUUUCCUUCCAUAUUGGUUAAGGAAACUGUUAUAUUCAUUAAGAUUAUUAUGUAAGUAAUUAAUAUUAUUAAACAUUUUUCUACUAGUGAAAUAUUUGUGAUAAUUAAUUCUCUUCCAUUGCAUAACUCAAAUCCAUUUUAUCUCUUUCCUCCUUAAGAUCUCAACUACUUCAUCAACCUCAUGCCAACUUGAUUAACCUGG